AGUGUUUACUUCUGCUGCUCCUUUGCAGAUCUUUUGUUUUGUUAGAUCCACGGGAGGCAUUUUCCACCUCUUCUUUGCACCGUCUUCUUCGUGCUCUUCUUUCCUGAAAGCGCGCCCGUACACACACACGCACAUACACGCAAAGCCGCAGAUGAUCACCACAAGCGGCCGCGUUGUCCGCAAGAACGCCAACGCGUCGAAUGGGCGAAGGGCGCAGCAGCCCCGGCAAACACCGCAGGAGCAAAUCGAGGAGGCGCUGCAGGCCCGCGACUUCUCCAAGGCGACGACCAUCCUUGAGUUCUACAAGUCCAGCGGCCAAAGCCUCGGUGACUUCCCCAUCAACCCCUGGCUGGCGUACAGCGCGUUUCACGCAAACGACAUCGAUAAGGCGAUCGAUGUGUACAAGGACAUGCUUGCCUUGCAGAGCUUCGACCCCAUCAACUACAUCUACCUGGGCUGCUGCCACUACAUGAACGGCGAUUUUCAGGAGGCCGAGGAGUGCGCCCUGCGCGGGCCGGAGUGUCCGCUGCAAGUCCGUCUGAUGCUGCACAUUGCUCAGAAGACACACGACGAGGAGAAACUCAUGUCCUACCACGGAAGGCUUCAGGACACCGUGGAAGAUCAGCUCUCCCUCGCCGCGGCGCAGUACAUUCGCAACCACUACACGGAGGCGAUCGACGCCUACAAGCCCAUCCUGGCCCAGGCCGCCGAGUACCGCGCCCUCAACGUGUACUUGGCGAUGUGCUACUUCAAAUUAGACUUUUACGAGGUGAGCGUGAACGUGCUGAACGUGUAUUUGCAGACCUACAACAACAGCGCCGUCGCCAUUAACCUGAAGGCGGCGAACCACUACCGCCUCUUCAACAGCAGGGCGGCGCGCAGUGAGUUGAAGCUGCUCAUCGACCUGCAGCGCACCACGUACAACGUGGAGACGGACAUUGUGAAGCACAACUUGGUCGUCUUCAACAACGGCGACGGCGCCCUGCAAGUGCUGCCCUCCAUCCUCGACGUCGGCAUCCCGGAGGCGCGGCUCAACUUGGUCAUCUAUCACCUCCGCCACGAUCAAAUCAACGAGGCGUUCGACUUGAUGGCCAACGUGGAUCCGCUGACUCCGCAGGAGUACAUUUUAAAGGCCGUGGUGAACGCCUACGUGGGGCAGAACAUGGAGUCGCAGGAGCACCUAAAGGCGUGCAAGGAGAUCUUCAACUUCGUCGGCUCCUCCGCCAGCGACCGCGACACCAUUCCAGGCCGACAGUGCAUGGCCUCCUACUUCUUCCUCCUGCGCGACUUCGCCAACGUGUUGAUUUACCUGCGCUCCAUCAAGCCGUACUUUAUUCGCGAUGACACCUUUCUCUAUCUCUACGGCAUCGCCUGCGCCGGCACCGGCGAGUACGCGGAGGCGGAGCAGAGUCUGCUGGCGGUGAACUCCGAGAAGAUCAAGGCCGAGUUCAGCUACACGAGCUGGCUCGUUCGCUCCCACAUUAUGAACAAACAACCGAAGCUGGCGUGGGACAUCUACUUACGGAAAGAAAUGGGCGAGUCUAUUGGUAUUCUCCGCCUCCUGGCAAACGACUGUUACCGCACGAGCGCCUUCUAUUAUGCUGCGAAGGCCUUCGACGUGCUGGAGCGGCUUGACGGCGAUGCCGAGUACGUGGAGGGAAAGAAGGGCGCCUGCAUUGGCGUCUUCCAGCAGGUGUUUGCGAAUGAGGAGACGUCGGACGCCUUCUUUGAUGUGAUGAAGAUGGUGGAUUCGAGCAUCCAGCAGCACACCGAUGACCCAGUCAUUGUGAAGGACUUUACGCAGAUCCUCACGGUGAUGAAGGAGUGGAGCAAGGACGCAAAAUUGAAGCGUCGAUAA